GGUAAACCUUGUAAUCAUUACGGAAAUAAGAAAACAACGUCAGUUGUUUGUGUGAUAAGAAAUAAAUGAAAGGUCUUCAUUGUUUUUACGCAUUUCGAAAGGCCAACAGAAGCAUCUUUUGUUCUUUUUCGACAAUGAGUUUUUCGGAUUUAUCAUUUAUAGAAGUUAAAGACCUAAGAAAUCCUUCAGUUUUGUUUCAUGAAUGGAUUCAAGAAGCAAAAAUGUGCGGUGGACAAACUUCUUUAAUGAAUUUAGCAACAGCUUCCAAAAAUGGAAAAGUCAGUAACAGAACUGUCGCAAUUCGAGAAAUAAUUCCUGAUGCAUCACUGGCUUUCACCGCCCAAGCGAACAGUAACAAAAUAAAAGAUAUUAACGAGAACCCGCAAGUCGCCGCAACAAUUCUUAUUCCGUAUGUUAAGAACGGUAAAAAUGUUUUAAAACAGAUAAGAUUGUCUGGGAUUGCGGAAAAGUUGUCACAAGAACAAUGCAAGAUUUACUUUGAAAAAGAAAGUCUGUCUUCGAAAAUACGGUCCUGGAUUUGUCAGAAAUGUGGUCCAGUUGAAUGGAACGACUUGAAACGUGAACAUGACAAAUUUUUAAAAGAAGUUGUUGAAAAUAAAAAAGUGAUUGAAAUGCCUGAAACACAGGUUGCUUACAAAAUUGUUCCAUACGAAUUCGAUUUUUACUUUUCGGAAGGUGAAACAAUUGCUGAUAGAGUUUUAUUCAAAUUGUUGGAUGCUCAGUGGAACUGCCAACGAAUAAUGACCUAAUUUCAAUAAUAUUCAUGUAGGGUUUGAAGGAAAUAUCAAUAAAAACUAUUUUUUAAGUAAAGAAUAAAAAAGAGCUAUAUUAUUUUCAAAUCACUUUGUAUUUUACAUUUUUGAAUUGUCACAUAAUGAAAAUUUUUCUUACCUCAACAAAAUGACCAAAAGAAUGAGCACCACAACAGUAAUUGCCAAUAAAACCCAAAUUUUUCUCUACAAGUAAAAAGCAA